AUGCAGAUCUUCGUCAAGACCCUUACCGGCAAGACCAUCACCCUUGAGGUCGAGUCCAGCGAUACCAUCGACAAUGUCAAGAGCAAGAUUCAGGACAAGGAAGGCAUUCCUCCUGACCAGCAGCGUCUUAUCUUCGCCGGCAAGCAACUCGAAGAUGGUCGCACCUUGAGCGAUUACAACAUUCAGAAGGAGUCUACUCUCCACUUGGUGCUCCGUCUCCGCGGUGGCAUGCAGAUCUUUGUUAAGACCCUCACUGGAAAGACCAUCACCCUGGAGGUCGAGUCCAGCGACACCAUCGACAAUGUCAAGUCCAAGAUUCAAGAUAAGGAGGGCAUUCCUCCCGACCAGCAGCGCCUGAUCUUUGCUGGAAAGCAACUUGAGGAUGGCCGUACCCUGUCUGACUACAACAUUCAGAAGGAGUCCACCCUCCACCUUGUCCUCCGUCUUCGUGGCGGUAUGCAAAUCUUCGUCAAGACUCUCACCGGCAAGACCAUCACUCUCGAGGUCGAAUCAUCAGACACCAUCGACAAUGUCAAGUCCAAGAUUCAGGAUAAAGAGGGUAUCCCACCCGACCAGCAGCGAUUGAUCUUUGCUGGUAAGCAGCUCGAGGAUGGCCGUACUCUCUCAGACUACAACAUUCAGAAGGAGUCGACUCUGCACCUUGUCCUCAGAUUGCGUGGUGGUAUGCAGAUCUUCGUUAAGACUCUGACUGGAAAGACCAUUACUCUUGAAGUUGAAUCAUCCGACACCAUUGAUAAUGUGAAGUCCAAGAUCCAAGACAAGGAGGGUAUUCCUCCUGACCAGCAACGCUUGAUCUUUGCUGGUAAGCAGCUUGAGGAUGGUCGUACGCUCUCGGAUUACAACAUCCAGAAGGAGAGCACUUUGCACUUGGUGCUGCGCCUGCGUGGUGGUCAGUAA